GUCAAAGUGAUAUUUUAUUUUAAGUAAUAAUGAUUGAUCGAUCAAAGGCUACAAAAUUACAGAUCUUAAAAAACCUUUAAUAAAAAUUUUAGAAGAUUGAUCCAAAUUUUAAAAUCAAAAACUUUAUAGGAGAAAAAACAAACCUAGUGGGAUAAUAAAUUAAAAAGUGGGAAAAAUAAAGUAGGGAAAGAACAGUUAAAGAGCAGAAAGUCAUGAAAGUAAUAAAAACUUUGCGUCAUCCAUUGAUUCUUGAAAGUUAUAUGGAAAAAUCAAUAUUUAUGGAGGCAACUUAACCUGAAACAUCAUUUGAUUUAUAACCUCCUAAGUAAACUUCUUAAAGUCCAUAAAAUGAAGAUACAUUUGAGUAUCUGAUAAAAAAAUCAAUUAAAAAACCUUUAAGCCCACUUAAGUAUUUUAAUGUUAAUUAAGGAAACUCUUUGAAAAAUAUUCUGAAUUAGUUUAAGAUUAAUUUUAGAAUUCUUCAGAAGAGAUGAAAAAGCUAAUUGAAUAGCAUUCAAGUUCAGAAAAAGUUCUAGAUCCUUUUAAGUAAAAGACAAUAAACUUUGAAUAUUUUACUCCUAGAUAAUUUUCAGUUACCAAGAAAUAUAAAUAAAAUACUCCAUCCUUUAAAUAAGAAGGCAAUUCAUUUAAUAGGAAAAGAGACUAAUUAUUAUAAAAAAAUAAUAAUAAUUUACAAAAAUUAGAUGAAUUAUAAACUGAUUUAGACAAAUUCAGAAAACAUUUAAAAGAAAUAAAAAAAUCAAAUUAAUAAAGUUUUCAUUAGAGAUAAUUUUUUAAAGGAAAACUUGAUUUUUUAUUAUGA